AUGUCCACGUCAAAGUGUCCUCUGUUUCUUUUUUUUGUUCGAUGUGCUACAUUUGCAGUGACUCGUUCGGCCGCUCAUUGUCCUCUUGGUUUUAAAAUUCCACCUCCCCCACUACUUUCUUCACACCUUUAUCCCUUCCCUUUCUACAACCCUUCGUUUCGUUUUAUCUUUCAAAUUAUCUUCCCUGUCUCUACUAAGCACCUUUACUCCACCAAGUUGACCAUACCGGACUUCUGCCAGACUUGCAAGGUCGUCCACUACUGCUCCGUGAAGUGCCAGAAGGAAUACUGGAAGGCGGACCACAAGAAGCACACAAUUGCCCACAAGACCAAAAUCGUUCCUCUCCCCAAGCCCAUCCCCAAAGUGCGUGAGAAAUUUCUUAAGGGAGAGUGUGACCCUAUCUGCAAGACCCUGAUCAACCAUUCGCCGGGCAAAGGCAGGCCCAUUUUCUCGGUUGGAGCUGGUGCUUGUGCCUUUGUCAAUGGAAAGCCUGUUCCCAAUCCGCCCAAGGGCCUGAAUGCGGCUGAUGUCUACAAACUGUUGAUCGAUACCUACCGCCUCCGCGCCGUUCAGGAACAGAAAGAUAACGAAAAGCCCGAAUACCCCGAAGACCUUAUCAAGGGCUGCAAGGCCUUUAAGGUUUCUAACAACAAGCGCGUGUUGCUUCCUGGUUGGUAA